CAAGACAACACCUGAAAACAAAUCACGGAUGUGACGCAAAGAAUUUCUACGCAGAUUUUACACUUCGCCUUUGACCCUUCUGUGCCGCCGUAGUUUGGAGUCCGGAAGCAUCAUGGCCAUCGGGAAACUAAAAACUCUUUGCUAUAAACAAAUUGGAAUGCCUCAACAUUAUCUUUCCUAGUCUUGAAGGAGUGAGGCCUAAUCCUCUGUGGUCAUACUCAAAAAUGUCAGGCCAAGAGGAUUCGGACAAGGGUGUGGACAUGUGGUCCUCUCUCCGCUGUCUGGGGUAUCUCUCCAGCUUCAACCUGCUGGUAGCUGUGUGCUUGGGAAUGUACGUACGAUGGGAGCAGACCCCCUCAGAGCCCAUGAUUCUGGUCAUCUUCAUCUUGGGUUUGUUUGUUUCAGCCAUAGCUUGUAUCCUCUACUACUACUUUUCAAUGGAGUCUGCCAGUUUAAGUCUCUUCCACCUGUGGUUCGGCUUCCUGCAGGGUCUCCUUUGCUUCCUGAACUCCCCAUCUCUGGAGAAAGACAUAAAGGAACAGGUCACAAACUACCUGUUGCUCGCUAGCGUAGCCGUUCGGACGCUCUGGGCCCUAACAGAACGUCUGUGCGGUAAUGCUAAGUAUAAACCAGUCGUUCUGACCUCAUCUGAGCUCCUAGAGCUCCUGGGAUUUGGUGUCGCAAGCAUCAGCUUGGUUUUCUACAAAUCACUGGCCAUGAUUGCGCUGACAUUUGCGUUAAUGGCCCUCAUUGUGGACCUUCGCAUGAAGUCGCCCUUGGCGCUCCCUAAUCUUGCCUGCUUUGCUGUGAUCACAGCCGUUACCUUCUUCCAGUCCUUGGAAAUCCAAACAAACCCCUUCGUGCUCAGUUGCUACCUGGGACGGCUUAUAUGCGAGCCCCUUCUGGACGUCUACUUUAGCAGCUUGUCGGCGACCGAACGCUGGAAGCAGUUUCUCUCAGCUGGCCGCCUGUGGAGGAUAUUUUCUCUGUUUCCUCUGACAUUCGUUGAGCUGGUGUUCUUUGGGCUCUGUGCCCUGAAGCUGGGUAAUAUGACAGCCUGGUACCUGGUCAUCCCUGGCUUCUGCGUCUUUGGCCUCUUGUGGAUCUUGUGCCACAUGGUAUUCCUUGUCACACUAUGGUGCUUCCACACCAAGCUAAGCGAGUGUCAGAAGAUGUGGGCGGCCCAGCGCUCACAAACGCUCAAUUUGGACAGGAUCAUGGCCUCUAGGGGCAUGCGUCAUUUCUGCCUCAUCUCCGAACGGCUGGUGCUCUUCUGCCUGAUGUCUACUGUCAUACUAGGGGCCGUCUCAUGGCAGGUCACUUCUGGACUCUUCAUGAGUGUGUUUUUAGUGGUACUGCCACUGGAGUCUCUGGCUCAUGGACUCUUCCAUGAACUGGGCAGCUGCUUGGGAGGUACCUGCGUUGGGUAUGCGGUGGUAAUUCCCACUUACUACAACAGUGCGGAUGGCCAGCCAUUGCUGUUGCCUCCAGGGCAGGUCCAGGAAUUGCACUCCACAGCUACUUUGAAUGCCAUGCAGCGACUCUUCUCCCACCACCUCAUCCAGACCUACGGAUGUGAUUACUCCACCAGUCUAAGCCUGGACACCCUGGUGGCCAAACUGCGCUCAUUUCUGGAGCUCUGCACCGCUGAAGGCCCGCGGCACGACACCUACAUCCUAUACUACAGCGGCCACACGCUUCCCAGUGGAGACUGGACUUUGGCAGGUGGCGAUUGCUUGCGUCUGCAGCAGAUCCUUGAUAUGUGGAGGGAACGGAACAGUGGCUUCUCUUCCCGCCUCAUCCUGGUCCUGGACACUGAGAAUUCCGCGCCGUGGGUGAAGGCGGUGCGGAAGGUGGAAGGGAUGUAUGUUGCGGUACAGGGAACCAAGAUGAGCCCUGUUCAAGAUGCCGAAGCCCAAGAAGCCCCCCGUCUGGGGGACUUCACCUCUGAGUGGGUGAAAUAUAACUGCGAUCCUGACAGUGGCGUGCAGUGGUCAGAGAGGGGGCGGGUCAUCUCCGCAAUAUAUGGUGUGUCUAAACCCUGGAGUGAUUACGCCCUCCACUUGCCCACCGGGAGCGAUGUGGCCAAGCACUGGAAAACACACUUCCCCAAGAUCACGUACCCACUGGUGGCUGUUGCCAAUUGGUGCUGCGGACUCAACCUCCUGUGGCUGUGUAGUGUGUGUUUGCGCUGCGUCAGGAGACUGAAACUCUCUUGGUUCCCUCCCAGCAUACUGGACACAGGGCAGGGGAUUAAACUAGUCCGAUCUUAGGUGACCAAUUGCUUUAGUUCUACAUGAUGUAUAUACAUGACCAUUUAUAUUUUCUAUGCCGUUUUUGGGAUAUCCUUCAUUGAGUUAAUUGCUCAGUUGCCUUUAUUUUGGUAACCAGUUAUCGAUGGGAAGCUUUGUUCGACUCAGUCCUGCUCCUCAAGAUCUACCUUCCUCUAGUCACACUAAGUUUCAAUUGAACCCAAAGACCUUGACUAAAUGGAAUGUUUAAUUUGAGUUAGCACUAACCCUUGCAGGUUGGUCGGACUUUAGGAACAGGAUUGAGCACCAUUGUCAUAUGGCGACUUCUGUUUAUCUAUGUGCCCUAUAUACACAAUAUAGUCACUGUCUUAUAUCAUAUGAAUCUGUGCUUUUUCACAGUAUUGAGACUAUCAGUACCAAGUGCCUUGUGUUAAUUUAUUAGAUUUUAAGUGGAAUUUCUCUGGAUGUGGGUGAAAUACGUGUAUUGCAAUGUAUUCAGUCUCAGGCAAAGUUAAACAAUCUAAUUGUUCCUUAAGAAGGUUGUUACUUAUUUUGUUUUUGCCAAGAAGUACAACAGGUCUGGUUUAGUUGUUUCCCCAAGACCUCUUCAACAGCCAAUGUUUAAACCAUAUCAUGCCUUAUUUUAUUUUGUAUUUUCAGUGGGGUUUUUGUUUUAUUAAUUAUUUUUCAACAGACCAGCGUCCUUUAAUAAAGACUGUUUAAAAUAA